AUGGGAGCAAACGUGCCGGCCACUCGUGUCCGGAGCCGACCCCUCGACCAGACAUCGCACCCAUCGAUGGCUGUCAUACCGGAUGUGCGCGAAGACGAGGAACAGGCCAUCAAAAUGCAAGAGAUUAUCAACUUAUUGGUCGCCGGCGGCUAUUUUAGGGCCAGAAUUAAAGGACUCAACAAUUUUGAUAAAGUGGUGGGAGGCAUGAGUUGGGCCAUCGAGAUGUCAAAUGUCGAUCUCGACGUCGAUAUACUCUUUCACGAAAGUCUGACAAUCGGUCAGAAAAUAGCGUUGACUGAGAAGAUCGUACGGGUAUUGCAAACGAUGUCGUGUCCACACAAGAUAGAGCCGCAUCAGAUCCAGGGAAUGGAUUGCAUUCAUAUAUUUCCCGUGAUUCAAUGGUUGGUUAAGAAGUCGAUUGAGACGCGACAGCAGAUGAAUGAGUAUUUGAAGAAUUACGCGAACUGGCAGUUCAAUCGGUGCCAUAGUUCAGACACAAGUCAAUUGUCUGACUCUCUGUCCAAAGCUGAUACGCAAAGCCAUCCGAAACGUAAAUACAGACAUCCGGCCCGACAUAAACUUAUUGAUCCCGAGAUUAGAGUUCGCACAACACUUCUUGAAUACGGGUUUAUCGGUAAGAGUAGUGCGAGUGAUAUCACUUCUGGUGCCGAUAAGAGCGGCGAACAAACCGAUAACCGGAAGAAUGGUUCGGAUUCACAGCUAACGGAUUCGCUGAUGACUUCAAUGCAAACCGAGUCAAACAAAAUAUCGGCCGCUUUUGUUGGCUCUAUAGUCGGCGCCCAAUCAGAAGAAAUACAAAAGUUAGCCGAAGAGUACAAUAGGCAUCGAUUAGAGAGGGAAGAGAAUAGCAUUGAACGCAAGGAACGAGAGAUCAGGAGUCGUGUGGAAACGGCUAAGAAAGAGCUCUCAAUUGCCAAACAAAAAGAGUCAGAAAUUAGGGAUAAAAUACAAUUAUUUGGACAGCGAAUCGAAAUCGUGAAACAAAGACAGCAAUCGUUUGCACCGAAAGACAACGAGAAGGACGAGGAAAGGGAGGAGAAGAGGAAUUUGAACUGUAUUUUGGAUGCGCUUAAGAAACAAAAGUCAGAGUUUAAACAAUUUUGUAGAGAAGAGAAACAGAGAUUAGAGAAACAAAUCGAAGAGUUGUCUAAUCAGACGACAGACACCGAAGACGAGACUGAAGUGGAAACCGAACUAACGGAUUCGCUGAUGACUUCAAUGCAAACCGAGUCAAACAAAAUAUCGGCCGCUUUUGUUGGCUCUAUAGUCGGCGCCCAAUCAGAAGAAAUACAAAAGUUAGCCGAAGAGUACAAUAGACAUCGAUUAGAGAGGGAAGAGAAUAGCAUUGAACGCAAGGAACGAGAGAUCAGGAGUCGUGUGGAAACCGCUAAGAAAGAGCUCUCAAUUGCCAAACAAAAAGAGUCAGAAAUUAGGGAUAAAAUACAAUUAUUUGGACAGCGAAUCGAAAUUGUGAAACAAAGACAGCAAUCGUUUGCACCGAAAGACAACGAGAAGGACGAGGAAAGAGAGGAGAAGAGGAAUUUGAACUGUAUUUUGGAUGCGCUUAAGAAACAAAAGUCAGAAUUUAAACAAUUUUGUAGAGAAGAGAAACAGAGAUUAGAGAAACAAAUUCUUCUCAACAGAUUACGCAAGUUCGAUGACAUACCGACUCGGGCUGAGCUCUCGCAGUACCAGAAGAGGUUCAUUGAGUUGUAUAAUCAGGUGGCCGCAAAACAUAACGAAACGAAAAAGUUUUAUACUCUUUAUAACACAUUAGAUGACGAGAGAAUGUAUUUGGAAAAAGAGCUCACUUUAAUCGGCUCUAUAUUAGACAACUUUUAUCAAGCUCAAAACUCUAAUAAUGUUAAAGAAGAAUAUUUGUUACAAUUUGAGCAAAUCGUUGAAAAUAUUAAACAAACGAAACUCAAAGUAGAGAACAGAAGGUUUACGGAGAAAGCAAAACGCGAUGAAUUGAAUGACUCUUAUUUGGAGUUAAUUGAAAAGCAACGCCUUUAUUAUAAAGGGGUUAAAGAUUUCAAAGAGGAAUGUAAGACCAAUGAAAAACUCAUUGCCCAACUCGAGAAUAGGAAGACUAAGAAUCAGAACAGAAGGUUUACGGAGAAAGCAAAACGCGAUGAAUUGAAUGACUCUUAUUUGGAGUUAAUUGAAAAGCAACGCCUUUAUUAUAAAGGGGUUAAAGAUUUCAAAGAGGAAUGUAAGACCAAUGAAAAACUCAUUGCCCAACUCGAGAAUAGGAAGACUAAGAAUCGUACGAAUUAGUGAUUAUAUAGUAAAAUAGAUUGAAAAUAUUUAUUUUUUUAUUUUAAUUGAAUAUAUUUACAGUGUAACUAAUACAUAGCUAACUAUAGUGAUGAAGUUUUGUAAAAUAUUAUGAAAUAAAUAUAAUUUAAUUUUAAUUAUAA